GAUUGAUAUAUCUGCCUGCGACUGCAUGCUGUAGCAUUUCUUUUUCUUCACAAGCCACAGACUCGAUACAAUCAAAGAAGCAACACAAGGACAUUCGCAAAUAUGGGUCUCAUCAGCAAGUUGGAAGAUAAGCUUUCGGGCAAUAAGAGCCACAGCACAACUGAGGACCAGAAGCUCCGGGAGCAGGAGGCCAACAGCACUCGCACUCAUGGAACGACGAACACCCCUCAAGGAGGUCUGACUGGAGAGGGAUCGCACCUCGGACACAACACGUCGGGUAGUGGUCUGACUGGAACGUCUCACGGUACACAUGGAACCACGACUGGCUCGCACAACCCAUUGUCGAGCUCUAAAGAUACCUAUGGCAGCACCGGACAUGGUACAUCUACAGGUCUCACCGGAGGCUCUCACGGAACGCAUGGUACCACCACCGGCUCGCAUAACCCAUUGUCGAGCUCUAACGACACCUAUGGAAGCACCGGAACACAUGGCACCACCACUGGCUCGCACAACCCAUUGUCAAGCUCGACCAACACUCAUGGCAGCAGCGGCAUUACAGGCGGCACCCACCCACUUGUGAGUGGUGAUAACAGCAGAGUUUCUGGAACCGGCAUCGGAAGCAACACACACCACACUGGCACCGGCCUUGGACACAACACACACGGUAGCGGUAUCACUGGAAGCUCCACUACGGGUAACGACGCCCUUGGAUCAAGCCACCGUCGUGAAGCAGGAGACAUUGGCUCGCGUGGCUACACCUCAGGUACACACAACACAGGUACUCACGGCACUCACGGCAGCAGCCUGACCGGCCAAGACAGCCAGGACUUUGUCCCAGGCUCUCACCCAGCUGCCAAUAACCCAGAGGCCAUCCCCACUGCAGGAGGUCACAAGGUUGGUGGUGUCGGAGAAGGCAUCGGCCACUCCAGCCACCACACUGGAGUCCACCAGACUACUGGUGACAAGGUCAAGAACGCCCUUCCCGGCCAGCACGGCAAUGCUCACGAUGCUUACGGCAACCCAAUCAACGCUGAUCGCUCGACUGGGUCUGGUCUGACGGGAGGAACUCACUCUGGUGUUGGAGGCCCAACUCACGGUUCUUCAGGUUUGACGGGCACCCACGGCAACACAGGUCUUACUGGUACCUACGGCAACACAGGCUCCAACUUCAACUCCUCUGCGCAGCCUCUCGGCCAGGACCCUAGCUUCACCGACCGACACAGCGGACCAGGUGUAGGAAAUGGCCUCGCUGCAGGUGCAGCUGGCGGAGCAGGCCUUGCAGGUGCCUCUCACCACCACAACGACCCUACCCAUCACUCUGGCAGUGGUCUGACCGGCAACACUCAUGGCAGUGGUCUCACUGGUAACACGCACGGCAGCGGACUUACUGGUAACAACCACGGCAGCGGACUGACCGGUAACACACACGGCAGCGGCCUGACUGGCAACACCCACAGCACCGGUCUCGGCUCCAACGUUCCUGGAUCAGGCUACAGCGGUGCCCACCAGGACGAAUACUCCCGCGGCCAACAAGCCGCCUACCAGCAGCACCAAGGCGGUUUGGGCAACACCAGCAGCGUCCCAGGUGCCUACCCAGAAGCCGACAACCGCACCAUGAUGGAGAAGGCCAAAGACAAGCUCAGCAACAAGCGAACCGACUACCCAGACGACCCCACCACGGGCACGAACUACACCCAGCAAACCGGAGGUGCUCACGGCGUGACCGGCACCCACGCAGGUCAGCCAGGUUUCACCGGCUCAAACAAUAACUUGUAUGGCUCCCACCCUUCCUCUGGUGGCGUUGGAGGUAUCACGCAAGGUGUUGAUAAUACGCAUUUAGGUAGUCAAUAUCCUCCUCAGCAGCACCAGCAGCACCCAACGAGCUACGGACAGGGCGUCGGUCCUCAGCAGCAGCAGUAUGAGCAACAACCGCAAUACCAGCAGCAGUACCAGCAACCUCAACAGCAACAUCAUUCAUCCCUCGGAGGAGUAGGUGCGGGAUUGACGGGCGGAAACGGUCCUUCUCAACAGCACCAUACCCUCGGAGGAUCUGGCGCUUCCAAUCAACACCACUCUGUUGAGGGACGAGGUGCAGCGUACGAGGCUGGGUUCAAGGAUGCUGUUGCUGCUUUGUCGAGGCAAGGACAGUAGACUUGUAUGAUGGAUGACACAUUGAGAUACCCUAAUGUUGAUCAGCGCAAGUGGAAGAGAAGUGUAUGAUUAGAUGUAUAUUAGGCAGUACGAAAUGAUUUCUUACGAUUUGAAAC